CAUACAUGUGUGCUCAUUUGCUAGCUCGCUCCGAUCACGUACAUUGACAUCGACGGGAUAUAAAUCAUCACUGCAAGAUGGCUGAGACUGACGUUGAUAAUGAACUUCUGGACUACGAGGAGGAUGAGGAGCCCCAAGGAGCCCCUGAGAGUGCAACCCCAGCAAACAAGAAGGAGGUGAAGGGAUCCUAUGUGUCCAUCCACAGCUCCGGCUUCAGAGAUUUUCUCCUCAAACCCGAGCUUCUCCGUGCCAUUGUGGACUGUGGUUUUGAGCAUCCCUCUGAAGUCCAACAUGAGUGCAUUCCACAAGCUAUCCUCGGCAUGGACAUCCUGUGUCAGGCCAAGUCUGGUAUGGGAAAGACAGCAGUGUUUGUACUGGCCACUCUGCAGCAGAUCGAACCUGUGGAUGGUCAGGUGUCUGUCCUUGUGAUGUGCCACACACGAGAGUUGGCCUUCCAGAUCAGCAAAGAGUAUGAGCGCUUCUCCAAGUACAUGCCCACUGUCAAAGUUUCAGUGUUCUUCGGUGGCAUGGCCAUUAAGAAGGACGAGGAGGUCCUGAAGAAGAACUGCCCUCACAUCGUCGUCGGAACCCCAGGACGUACUCUGGCCCUCAUCCGCAACAAGACCCUCAGCGUGAAGAACAUCAAACACUUUGUGCUUGACGAGUGUGAUAAGAUGCUGGAGCAGCUGGACAUGAGGCGUGACGUCCAGGAAAUCUUCAGGCUGACACCUCAUGAGAAACAGGUUAUGAUGUUCAGUGCCACGCUAAGCAAGGAGAUCCGCCCCGUCUGCCGCAAGUUCAUGCAGGAUCCCAUGGAGGUGUUUGUGGAUGACGAGACCAAGCUGACACUUCAUGGCUUACAGCAGUAUUACUGCAAGUUAAAGGACAGUGAGAAGAACCGAAAGCUUUUUGACCUGCUCGAUGUGCUUGAGUUUAACCAGGUGGUGAUCUUUGUGAAGUCAGUGCAUCGUUGUGUGGCUCUGUCCCAGCUGUUGGUGGAGCAGAACUUCCCUGCUAUCGCCAUCCACAGGGGUAUGGCACAGGAGGAGAGGUUAUCUAGGUACCAACAGUUUAAAGACUUCCAGCGACGGAUCCUGGUGGCAACCAACCUGUUUGGCCGUGGCAUGGAUAUUGAGCGAGUCAACAUCGUCUUCAACUACGACAUGCCGGAGGAUUCUGACACUUACCUUCACAGGGUGGCCCGUGCUGGCAGGUUUGGUACCAAAGGCCUGGCUAUCACUUUUGUGUCAGACGAGACCGACGCCAAGACCCUGAAUGAGGUCCAAGACCGCUUCGAGGUCAACGUAGCAGAGCUACCAGAGGAGAUUGAUAUCUCCUCCUACAUUGAACAGUCCAGAUGAGCCUGAAGUAUCUUUCCAGCAAAGAUAGUGUGUGACCCUCUUUAUUGCUGUAUUUUGGUGGAAGAAAAAAAAAAAUCACCACUUAUUCUGAAAUCCCCCUCUCACCGUAUAUGUUGGAAAGUUCAUAAUAACAUUUUUUUUUAUUUUAUCAUGUCUUUCCGGCUGCUUGUUUUAGUGUUUUUUCUUGUUAAAACAUGGAUAUAUUGUUUUGGUUGAAGAAAUAAACUUUUUAUACCUUAUUUUUUUUAAUGGUGUUGGAUUUCAUUUUGCACGUUGUUAAACAUUUAAGUGUGUCAGAUGUCACAAAACAUACAAUAACACUACAUUUCAUAAAAUAAAAACUUUGUGCUGCCACUUUUGAAUGUAGUUAAUUAUCCUCACAAGCAGAGGGCGCUAUUAUCGUAGUUUGAAGACAGGCAGUGUUUUUCCAAACAGCUGGCCACUUUGAACUGGUUGCCAACGAGGAUAAUUUGAAACUGUACAGGUUGAGUUAAAAUAAAACCUCACAUGUAACUUGAGUUCAGCAGCCAGUUUUAUCACAUGGAUGGACUGACAAAAACGUGUGACUGCUACACUGUGGCGUCUUAAUCCAUUUAAGUAUACAACUGUGACAAUAAUAUAAACUUGGAUCAAGAUAAAGGAAAUGUAUACACAGAAUACAGUGUGAUCCAAAAUGAAUUCUCAAGAAAUACAGGUUCAUGUAAGACAUUUCUCUUAAGUGGCAUUAAAUGCACAAACAAGAAAUCAGAUGUCUUGAAGAAAAGAGUUAGCGUUGGUCCAGUCUUUGCUGAAUGCUUGUGUCAGUUCCAUUUAGCAUUCCUUAUCAUUGAACAGUCUGAGUUACAGGGAAAAAUGUCAUUCAUUGUUUUGUGUAAAUUUACUUUUCAGAUGGCUUGUCAUGUCAGCUUGCCAAAAAGUAAGAAACAAUUUGAUGCAGUCUGUGCCUGUUCAUAACAUGCUGUGCUGAUUCUGUACGUUUUGAACGAAACAAAAAAUCUUUGUCCUCAUUCUGGAGUUUUCUGCAUGAAGCUGCAAAAGUUAUUCUUCUGCUGGUUGUCACAAAGUCACAGUGCAUUGUGGGAUAUGGAGUCAUUAGCGCCACAGUAUGUAAGGCUAUUGCUGCAGUUGAGGUGAUCCUUAUGCACUGCUGUCAAAGUUAUAUCUCCUACG